UCUGUACCCACGCAUUGUAUAGAUAGAUAUAGAAGAUAAAGUUUAUUGGUAGAGCAUGUUCAUAUCAUCCAAUAUAUGUAUAUAUAUAUAAUGAGUGAUGUAAUACUAAACAAAUAGUGUGAACUAACAGAUAUGGACUUAGUCUUUCAUUUGACAAUCUCUAAUAACAUUAACAUGGAUUUAAAAAAAAAUCUAAUAAGAUUCAUACAACUAUUUUAUUAAUUAAAGUACUAAUUGAUACAUUUUCAUUUACAAUAAUUCUUGGAUUAAAAUAAAACAAAAACAAAAUCCAUUGAAAUAAUGAUCAUAAUAACGAUAGUAUUAUUUUUAUUAUUUCAUGUAAGUAUUCAUUCAUUACCUAUGAUGAACAAAACCUUAAAUCAACAUAAUGAAACAUUAUCCAAUCUAAAUGAUAAACAAUUAAAUAACAACAAUAAUAAUAAUAGAGAAAUUAUUCCUACUAAUAAUAUCAUGAGUGAUAAUUAUAACCAAUUAUUAUUAUUAUUUAAAGAUAUUGCUUCAAUACAAACAUUUAAUACAACAAAUAACCUUAUGAAUAAUAAUAAUAAUAACAAUAAUAAUAAAGAAAGUAAUUAUUCAUUAAAAAAUAAUAAUUUCAAUCAAAAAAUCAAUAAUUCAAUUAAAUUAAAACAAAAUCAAUUUAUUGACAAUUCAUGUAAUCAUAAACAAUGUUCUAUAACAUUUAGAAUAAAAGAAUUAAAUGAUAAACUAAACCAUUCUAAAGGUAAAUUUAUUAUUAAUAAAAAUAUAAAUAAUGAAAUCUUAUUACGUAAUCUAAUAUCUAAUGAAAUAAUUAAAAAUCAAUUAUUCAAUAAAAAUUUUACACAAUUGAUUAUUGAUUUAAAUAAUAAUAAUAAUAAUAAUAAUAAUAAUAAUAAUAAUAUGAAAGAUUUAUCUUUAUUAAAAAUGUUUAAUAAUCAAUCCUUUAUACAUUUAUUACGUAAUAUAAACAAGGAUACAAUAUUGAAUAAUUUAAUCAUAAAGAAUAUAAUAACUAAUUUGAAUGAUAAAGAAAAUCGAUCAAUUGAUCAUUUAGAUGAUUAUUAUAUUCAGAAAAUUAUUAAUUUAACAGAAAUGAAUACUGAUCAUUCAAUAACAAAAGUGUCAAAUAUGAAAAUCAAUAAAGAAGAGGAAUAUGAUAAUGAAAUCGAUCAAUUAAUUGGUGAAGAACAAAGUUUCAUUGAAGUACUUGGUAACAAUAAGUUAGAGAAAAAUUUAAUAAAGAAACAAAUAAACAUAGAAAAUAAAAAUAAAUUAUUAACAAAUAAUAAUAGAAUAUCAAUAAGUAAAAAAUAUAGACGAAAACGUUCAGCAAAUAAUAUUGAUUCAGAAGUAUUCAACGCAUAUUCAUCAAGUACAAAAAAUAUAAACAAAGACAACAAGCAAAAAAAUAACCAAAAACAAAUAAAAAUAAACAAUAAAUACAAAAUAAAUAGAAGGAUUAAAAAAUACAUUAAUACAGAUGAAGAAAACCAUGACAAAAUGAAGAAUAUCAUAAAAGAAUAUGAUAAGGAUAAUGAUUAUGAAAAAGACACACCAACAAAAGAAGAAACUAAUGAGAAUGAAGAAGAAAAAUUAGAAGACAGAAAGAUUACAGAAAAUGAACAAAAAACAGAUGAAAAUAAAACAAACAAGGAGGACGCGGCAGAUGAUAAGAAAAAAACGAAACAAAUAUCAAUGAAUAACGAAGAAAUGACUGAAGACAUAGCAAAAACCGCAGAUGUGUCAGUGAUUCAGGACUCGAGUCCAGAAACUCCAGUAUCCAAGGAAGUGACGACCGCCUCUCCAGCUCCAACUGCAGAUGUGUCAGUGAUUCAGGACUCGAGUCCAGAAACUCCAGUAUCCGAGGAAGUGACGACUGUCUCUCCAGCUCCAACUGCUGAUGUGUCAGUGAUUCAGGACUCGAGUCCAGAAACUCCAGUAUCCGAGGAAGUGACGACCGUCUCUCCAGCUCCAACUGCAGAUGUGUCAGUGAAUCAGGACUCGAGUCCAGAAACUCCAGUAUCCGAGGAAGUGACGACCGUCUCUCCAGCUCCAACUGCAGAUGUGUCAGUGAUUCAGGACUCGAGUCCAGAAACUCCAGUAUCCGAGGAAGUGACGACCGUCUCUCCAGCUCCAACUGCAGAUGUGUCAGUGAUUCAGGACUCGAGUCCAGAAACUCCAGUAUCCGAGGAAGUGAUGACUGUCUCUCCAGCUCCAACUGCAGAUGUGUCAGUGAUUCAGGACUCGAGUCCAGAAACUCCAGUAUCCGAGGAAGUGACGACCGUCUCUCCAGCUCCAACUGCAGAUGUGUCAGUGAUUCAGGACUCGAGUCCAGAAACUCCAGUAUCCGAGGAAGUGACGACCGUCUCUCCAGCUCCAACUGCAGAUGUGUCAGUGAUUCAGGACUCGAGUCCAGAAACUCCAGUAUCCGAGGAAGUGACGACUGUCUCUCCAGCUCCAACUGCAGAUGUGUCAGUGAUUCAGGACUCGAGUCCAGAAACUCCAGUAUCCGAGGAAGUGACGACCGUCUCUCCAGCUCCAACUGCAGAUGUGUCAGUGAUUCAGGACUCGAGUCCAGAAACUCCAGUAUCCGAGGAAGUGACGACUGUCUCUCCAGCUCCAACUGCAGAUGUGUCAGUGAUUCAGGACUCGAGUCCAGAAACUCCAGUAUCCGAGGAAGUGACGACUGUCUCUCCAGCUCCAACUGCAGAUGUGUCAGUGAUUCAGGACUCGAGUCCAGAAACUCCAGUAUCCGAGGAAGUGACGACUGUCUCUCCAGCUCCAACUGCAGAUGUGUCAGUGAUUCAGGACUCGAGUCCAGAAACUCCAGUAUCCGAGGAAGUGAUGACUGUCUCUCCAGCUCCAACUGCAGAUGUGUCAGUGAAUCAGGACUCGAGUCCAGAAACUCCAGUAUCCGAGGAAGUGACGACUGUCUCUCCAGCUCCAACUGCAGAUGUGUCAGUGAUUCAGGACUCGAGUCCAGAAACUCCAGUAUCCGAGGAAGUGACGACUGUCUCUCCAGCUCCAACUGCAGAUGUGUCAGUGAUUCAGGACUCGAGUCCAGAAACUCCAGUAUCCGAGGAAGUGACGACCGUCUCUCCAGCUCCAACUGCAGAUGUGUCAGUGAUUCAGGACUCGAGUCCAGAAACUCCAGUAUCCGAGGAAGUGAUGACUGUCUCUCCAGCUCAGACUGCAGAUAUGUCAGUGAUUCAGGACUCGAGUCCAGAAACUCCAGUAUCCGAGGAAGUGACGACCGUCUCUCCAGCUCCAACUGCAGAUGUGUCAGUGAUUCAGGACUCGAGUCCAGAAACUCCAGUAUCCGAGGAAGUGAUGACUGUCUCUCCAGCUCCAACUGCAGAUGUGUCAGUGAUUCAGGACUCGAGUCCAGAAACUCCAGUAUCCGAGGAAGUGACGACUGUCUCUCCAGCUCCAACUGCAGAUGUGUCAGUGAUUCAGGACUCGAGUCCAGAAACUCCAGUAUCCGAGGAAGUGACGACUGUCUCUCCAGCUCCAACUGCAGAUGUGUCAGUGAUUCAGGACUCGAGUCCAGAAACUCCAGUAUCCGAGGAAGUGAUGACUGUCUCUCCAGCUCCAACUGCAGAUGUGUCAGUGAUUCAGGACUCGAGUCCAGAAACUCCAGUAUCCGAGGAAGUGACGACCGCCUCUCCAGCUCCAACUGCAGAUUUGUCAGUGAUUCAGGACUCGAGUCCAGAAACUCCAGUAUCCGAGGAAGUGACGACCGUCUCUCCAGCUCCAACUGCAGAUGUGUCAGUGAUUCAGGACUCGAGUCCAGAAACUCCAGUAUCCGAGGAAGUGACGACCGUCUCUCCAGCUCCAACUGCAGAUAUGUCAGUGAUUCAGGACUCGAGUCCAGAAACUCCAGUAUCCGAGGAAGUGACGACCGUCUCUCCAGCUCCAACUCCAGAUGUGUCAGUGAUUCAGGACUCGAGUCCAGAAACUCCAGUAUCCGAGGAAGUGAUGACUGUCUCUCCAGCUCCAACUGCUGAUGUGUCAGUGAUUCAGGACUCGAGUCCAGAAACUCCAGUAUCCGAGGAAGUGACGACUGUCUCUCCAGCUCCAACUGCAGAUGUGUCAGUGAUUCAGGACUCGAGUCCAGAAACUCCAGUAUCCGAGGAAGUGACGACUGUCUCUCCAGCUCCAACUGCAGAUGUGUCAGUGAUUCAGGACUCGAGUCCAGAAACUCCAGUAUCCGAGGAAGUGACGACUGUCUCUCCAGCUCCAACUGCAGAUGUGUCAGUGAUUCAGGACUCGAGUCCAGAAACUCCAGUAUCCGAGGAAGUGAUGACUGUCUCUCCAGCUCCAACUGCAGAUGUGUCAGUGAUUCAGGACUCGAGUCCAGAAACUCCAGUAUCCGAGGAAGUGACGACCGUCUCUCCAGCUCCAACUGCAGAUGUGUCAGUGAUUCAGGACUCGAGUCCAGAAACUCCAGUAUCCGAGGAAGUGACGACUGUCUCUCCAGCUCCAACUGCAGAUGUGUCAGUGAUUCAGGACUCGAGUCCAGAAACUCCAGUAUCCGAGGAAGUGACGACCGUCUCUCCAGCUCCAACUGCAGAUGUGUCAGUGAUUCAGGACUCGAGUCCAGAAACUCCAGUAUCCGAGGAAGUGACGACCGUCUCUCCAGCUCCAACUGCAGAUGUGUCAGUGAUUCAGGACUCGAGUCCAGAAACUCCAGUAUCCGAGGAAGUGAUGACUGUCUCUCCAGCUCCAACUGCAGAUGUGUCAGUGAUUCAGGACUCGAGUCCAGAAACUCCAGUAUCCGAGGAAGUGAUGACUGUCUCUCCAGCUCCAACUGUAGAUGUGUCAGUGAUUCAGGACUCGAGUCCAGAAACUCCAGUAUCCGAGGAAGUGACGACUGUCUCUCCAGCUCCAACUGCAGAUGUGUCAGUGAUUCAGGACUCGAGUCCAGAAACUCCAGUAUCCGAGGAAGUGAUGACUGUCUCUCCAGCUCCAACUGCAGAUGUGUCAGUGAAUCAGGACUCGAGUCCAGAAACUCCAGUAUCCGAGGAAGUGACGACUGUCUCUCCAGCUCCAACUGCAGAUGUGUCAGUGAUUCAGGACUCGAGUCCAGAAACUCCAGUAUCCGAGGAAGUGACGACCGUCUCUCCAGCUCCAACUGCAGAUGUGUCAGUGAUUCAGGACUCGAGUCCAGAAACUCCAGUAUCCGAGGAAGUGACGACCGUCUCUUCAGCUCCACCUGCAAAUUUAUCGGGCAUUGACGAUUUACUGUUAUCAACGCUCGGUUCCACCGUUUCACUUGAUAAUGAUUUUCAUUUUGAUCGUAGUGCGGUUGGAGGAAUUAUUAAGUCUUUAAAGAAUGAAGUAUUAGAAAAUAAUGAUAAAGUUUCUCCGCGUGUGUUUUCAACUGACAUUCCAAGGAACAGAAAUAUUAACAUACAUAUUAGUGGACCUUAUAUUCAUGAGCAUAAUCGGCUUGAAUUUAAAUAUGGUUUAACAAUUGGUUUCAUUCUAUUAUGUAUUCUGGUUAUUAUGUUAGUUCUGUCUUCAAUUCUUGUCCUCAUUUGGAUUCGUCAUCGACGUAAUAAAUAUUCUGGUAGUAUAACGCUGUCACAUAUUGAAGAAAACGAUAACAAUGUACAAAAUACCUCAUUAGGAAAAAAUAGAUUUCAAUCCAGAAACAGUACACAUGAUUCAUUUACAGCUGUAGAAGGAAUAGUUAAUGAAAGCAAAAGUAAUAAAUCUACUAAUUCAAUGAAAACACCAGCAAUACAAAAACGUCUUGAACUACGAAGAAAACAACAUAUAAAAGCUAAAAUAUUAGCUCAUGAAGCUUUACUUUCCACUGAUGAUUGUUCUUCAUGUGAUUGUGGUUUUACUUUUAAAUCUCCCAACCCUGAACGUCUCUGUUUAACAUCGAAUUUAGAUAAUGAUGUUAUAUUAACUGGUGCAUGGCGUAGACAAAGCAAUGAUAGCGGUGAUAGAAAAAACCAAACAAAUCAAAAUAUAUUAAAUUCUGUUGAACAUACUCAUGAUAAAGAAGAUGAAUAUCUAGAUACUCCUUCUAUAAAUACUAAUAAUUUUGUUAAAAAUAAUGAAACCACAUCUCAUUAUCAAGAGAUAAGUAUGAACAAACCCAGUAUAAGUUCAAAAGCAUGGAAAUAUAUUGAUGAAAAUUAGGAUUAAAUGAUUUAAUAUCUCUAUAUAUUUCUUUAUGUUUGCAAAAAUAAAACUGUAAGCCCAAAAUUACAUAUUAAUUUUAUAUUACAUUACAUUGAGUUGAAAUUUCAUUUUAUUUCAUCGAUAGUAUUUUCAAUCAUCUCUAAUAAAAUUUCAAACUUUGACGAGUACUACUUAUAAUAAUAAUAGUAAUAUGAUAAAUACUAAAUACGUACAUAGAUUUAAUGAAGUGUUUAUUAUAAAUUUUUCAUAUCAUUAGAUAGUACAUACAUUCCAGAUUGAAGUUAUAUAGUAAUAAUCACUUAAAAUGUUAAUUUAAACAUAUAAACUACAUUUCUUUUCCUCUUUAUUUAUUCCAUAAAUAAAAUAACUAAUCAUUAAUUAUUAGAACAUUUUCUUCUACUCUAAGCUUUUGUUUAUUGUCAAAUUUCUUUUUUUUUGUAAGAAAAUAGUUUCAAGGAAUUAUUAUCAUCGGUUUCUGUAAAAACCAGAAAAAUUUCCCUUUUUUAUUUUGUGAUCAAUAACCGAUAUAUUUUUUGAUUUUUUCUCUCUGAACUCAUAUGAAGUAAUUGUCGUUCAGUUAUUAAGUGUAAUUAAAAAAAUAAAAAGAAAUUUUUUAAUGUUCAAUUAAUUAUUAAUUAGUUUUAUGCUUAUUUUGUUUGUUUUUCUGAUAUUACUUAAACAACAAAAAUAAAUGUAUUAUUCA